AUAAAUGUUUGACUAUAAAGAAGCAUCAUCGGGGCAGCGGCCAACAGAGCCACAGAGAGGAAGAGCUGCCCGAUUCGAGACAAGGGAAAGGGCCUCGGGAACUAGAUCCAGCACCAUGGGGGGUUCGAUGGGACCGGUUCUGCACUGGUUGCACGAUGUGGCAGCCGUGACACUCCUGAAGGCCCGAAGGACUUUAUUCCAAGCUGCUGUACUUUUCUGUGUUCUGGGUCUUCUGCUCUGGGUGUCCAUUUUCCUUUACGGUAGUUUCUAUUAUUCCUACAUGCCCACCGUGAGCUUUUCCGCCCCUGUGCACUUCUACUACAGUUCUGAUUGUGAUUCAUCACAAUCAGAACCAGAACUUUGCUCAUUCCCAACGGCCAACAUCUCGCUCUUGAAGAACGACAGAGAUCAAGUGAUGGCUUACGACCAACCUUAUCGAAUAUCAUUGGAGUUGGAGCUGCCAGAAUCUCCUGUGAAUGAACAACUGGGCAUGUUUAUGGUCAAGAUGUUAUGUUAUACCAAAGGUGGGAAGAUGGUGUCUUCAGUCAGACGUUCAACAAUGCUACAUUACCGCUCCACCCUUUUGCAGACACUCAGUACUUUCUUCUUCUCUCCUUUCCUGCUGACUGGGAUGGCUGAACAGAAGCAGCUCAUAGAAGUUGAACUCUUCUCUGCCUACAAGACCAACAGUUAUCAACCCACUGUUGGCACUGUCAUUGAGAUCCAAUCCAAACGUGUGCAAAUAUACUCAUCCCAGCUUCGCAUCCAUGCGUAUUUCACAGGUGUUCGUUACGUCCUGUACAACUUCCCCCUGACCUCUGCGGUGAUCGGUGUGGCUACCAACUUCGCCUUCCUUGGUGUGAUUGUUCUUUUUAGCUACCUGCAAUUCAUAUGGGGUGGGCUUUGGCCACCAGAUCAAGUACGCAUCAAAGUCAUGAUGGGGGACAGCACACGCAUGCAGCAGAGGAGAGAGGAGGUGAAGAAACGCAUGGAGAAAGAAAAUUCCCAGAAGGAGCUAGAUUCCCCCAAAGUGAUUGGAUCUAUGAAUGAAGCAUCUGAUGACCAGCCUGAUGACACAGUGGUAACACAGUCAUCAAAAGCAUCCUUUGUGGAAGUAAAUGCAGCUGAACCUUAUGUUCCCAGUUCCAAACAAGACGUGUCUCCUGAUUGUGUAUUGCCCGAGGAAAUGGAGCAGAGCGAGACAACCCUCCGACAGAGAUCUGGGCAAUCAAAAAGUCUUUAGACUAAUGGGACAGCUUAAAAUUAAAAGCACUUGGAGUGUAUGUACAGCACUCGAAUAUCAUUCCAUUGGGUAUAGUAGCAGAUCUUAACACAAACGAUCACACUCUUGGAGGUCAUGUACACGUAGCACAGUGAGAGUAUACUAUGCAUCUUGUUUUAUUUUGUCUUCAUAGACAAUAUUUGUCAUGUGUCAAUUGAUCUCUAAUGCACUCCUAUAAUCUGCACUGUCUUUGCAAUUUAAAAUGUUACACGUUUUUUUAAAGCUAACAAACUUUAAAAAAAAAACCAAGUAAGGUUAAAAUGUGGAAUGUCUCUUAAGCCGUUGCUUUUUCCGCAAAGUUCUUUACAAGCACUUACCGUAGAAGAAUACUUUGUUUUUAAUUGUUUCUGUGGGGCUUCAUGGAUCUGUUCUAUGCAUCAUUCUUCUCAUGUAGCACCAAGUGAAGAUUUGUUUGAGUGCAAUAGCUCAUUUAACCUCUGUGCAUUUAGUCAAAUAAUCCAGUCCAUUACAAAACUGGGUUACUUCCCAUCAGUAUGUCAGAUUUACACUGUGUAGACACAAGAUAAUUGUUGAAAACAGUAUUUAUUGUUUCACAAAUAAGUGUUUUAGAUGGAUGUUUUAAGUUAUAUAAGUUUCAUUGUCACUCUUUAUCACACAUUUGUGUUGAACAGAGAUGUUUUGAAUUUGAGUGUUUCUCCGCUCAUGGUGGUUAUUGAAGCUAUCGAAUAGGGUCACCCAAGGUCAUUGAUGGUUUAGUGGGACAUUUGACCGACCAGUGUGAAUUCAGUUCAGUCAUGGUUGUCUCCCUCUCUCUCGGUGCACUGUGGUAUACAGGUGUCAGAAUGUAGUCUGCCUUUUGCCUGAAGUAAAAUGGGAUAGGCUCCAGGGCCCCCGUGACCCUGAAUAAUAUAAGGGCAGUAGAGAAUGAUAUGGAUUGAGGGUCACCUGCUAUGUGUUUUAAGAUCGGAUUUUAGUAAGUUAUGAUACCAAAGAUAAUGAUAGACUUUAUUUGUUCUGCUCUGGUCAAU